AAUUUCGAUAUAAUUUCGAUUUCAUUUCGACUUGUUUUUCACUGAACGAGUAAGAUGAGAAAAAUCUUUCUAUGAAGCAAUCCCUUCUGCAAAGUGUGCGCAAUAAAUUAUGUACGACAGAUUUGAGCGUAAUCAAAGAAAUAACAUCGGUUCACGGUUCGUCGGACGUUCAUUCACGGUGAAGACGGGAAGCAUCCCGCAGGUGCUGGGUCACGUGGUGAACUCGAACGUCAUCUAACGUCGGGCAUUUAAAUUUCGAUCAUCCGCAGCUGACGCGAUUCGAAUUUAACGCCGUGCCUCUAAUCUAUCCUCGAUUUUCGACCCGCGUCGCAUAGUUCGCUCUGCUUUCUGCUGUCGUCCAGUUCGUCCUGUCAACUCGUUCUCUGCGGAAACGAUAUCGCAUAUUCUGCUCUCGCCCAACAUCGGCCCUCAUGAUCGCGAGAGGAGCGAGGAUGACGUCCGAUCUUGAUGGGGAUUAAAGUUCGACGUUCGAUGUUCCGUAGAAAUUAGGUUAGGUUAGCUUAAGUCAGGUUAGGGUCGCAUCAUCUACGCUGUCAACGUGAUCGCGCGGAAGCAUGUAUUCGACGAAGACGCCGAGCCUGCGGAUCGACGAGGCCGAUCUCAAAUGCAAGAACGGCUGCGGUUUCUACGGCAACGCGGAAUGGGAGGGCUACUGCAGCAAGUGCCAUCGGGAGCAUCUGCAGAAACGACGCGCCCAGGCCGAGCGCGUCUCUCACGCGCAAGUUUCGGACACAGACAAUGUCAGUCGCCUGACGGUCGCCGGUGGCCACAAGUACGAGGAGAAGAAAGUGCAGCAGGAGAAGAAGUACAAAUUGUUGAACAUUUCCUUCAGGAAGCCCGUCGCUAAAGUUCAAGGAUACCAGGAAUUGUACCAUGAAUUAUUGAAGGACAACCCGGACCUCGAGAAGGUCAAGGCUGAGAAUCGAGAUCUGUUGUUGGACAUAGCCAAAACUCCGGUGGAGAAGGACAUGAGGAAGUGCAUACAUUCGUUCGUGGUGGACAUACUACAGAACAAGGAUGUGAAGAGGAUAGAGGAAUUGUCGGAAAUAACGCAGAAUUUCUAUCAUGUGUUCGGGAAACGCCUGGAGAACAGCACCAAAUAUGCAGAUAUACCACCGGAGAUCAAGGAAAAGUUGUUGGAUUACGUGGAGAGAUACGCGAUGACUCUGUUGUACAGGAUCCUCUUCUGCCCCCCGUUCACAACCGACGAGGAGAAAGACCUGGCUAUACAGAAAAGAAUACGCCAGUUGAAUUGGGUCAGCGGCAAGAACUUGGAAUGCAGGAUCCACGAGACGAGCUCGGAAGUUCGCGAGCUCGUGUAUACGUCUAUCACAGAUCUCUUGAACAUGGAUUCCGCUAAGGCGCCCCAGGAGAAACUGGCGUGCGUUAUUCACUGCUGCAGAAAUAUAUUCUUGUUGCUGCAACAGUCGGUGGACGGGCCGGCGUCCGCCGACGAAUUCCUGCCGGCGCUCAUAUUCAUCGUUCUGAAGGCCAAUCCCGCGCGGCUCAAAAGCAACAUCAAUUUUAUCACGAGGUUCUGCAACGCCAGUAGGCUGAUGACCGGGGAAGGCGGAUAUUACUUCACGAAUCUGUGCUGCGCGGUGUCGUUCAUCGAGAACCUGACCGCGGAGUCCCUGAACAUGGCCGAGAAGGAUUUCAACGCGUACAUGUCGGGCGAAUGCGUGCCGGCUAACACAUGGCAGUCGGCUCUCAUGAUAUGCGAGAAUCUACACUUCAUGUGCGAGGACAUAACGCUGCUGGACGAUUUGCAAGCGAGGAACACCGACAUCGUGAAGCAGGCGGAGGAACUGAAGAGCAAAAUGGUGGACUUCAACGAGAAGAUCAAAGAGGAAGUGAAUAAGGUGAUAGAUCGCACGCCGCUGCUGAUAACUCACAGUCAAAGGGUGCCCACCAAUCUGGACAGCGAGGACGUGGAGAGUUAUCAGUUACCGCCGCCGAUUAUUCCACAGAUAUAUCCGCAGUCGACCGCAGGCGAAAACGUGAACGGCGGCGUGAUAACGGACCUCUCGAGCGACUUGAUGAGAACGUCCCUGGUGGAAGAUUCCGUCACGCCAUCGCCGACGUUCGACUUCCCGUCCUUCAUCGGCGACGACAGUCUGGAGGUUAGCAGAGGCGAGGACGAGACUAGUCUGAUCAGUUUGGACACCCAGUCGGAUCUCGCGACCGGCGAAACCGGCCAGCUCUUCAAGAAACACACGGCCGACAGUUUGAUGGACGAGAGCCCGACGCCCGAAGCGAAUCUCCCGCCGGCCCUGAAGCCGAUCAGCUCCGACGAUUACCACGGUUUCACCAUCCAGGGAUCGCACAUACCGACGAUCCCCUGCAACACCGGCGACUCGUCGAAAACCUCGGCGGAUUUGGAUACAGACAGCUACUCCAAUUACUUUCAGAACAUGUAGUGAGUUCCGAUUAGGGAGGAUUGUAAUAACUCGGUUGCUUGUAGCUCGCGCCCUCGUCGGGAGCAUUUCGUCGUGUGAUUUCAGUCAUCGUGGUAGCGGUCUCGAUUAGAAAACGAGAGAAGAAACCCCUCAGUCUUCUGCCAUGUUUUUAUUCGCUCGUCCGUACGUAGAGAACCGCUUGUAGAUACGCGGAACGAGAUAACGAACGUCUUGGCGUAGACAGUCCUCUUAUGCGAAUGGAAAUAAAGGAACGCGAAAGAUGACGCUCUA